ACAAAAUCUCACGUGUUUAAAAUUAAAAAAAAAAAAUUUGGUUUUAACAAAAGUAAUAAUGGAAUCAAAGGUACUUAUUAUUGGAUCAGGUGGAAGGGAAGAUGCUAUUGCUUGGAAGAUUUCACAAUCCGAUAAUGUUUCAAAAAUUUUUAUAUCUCCUGGAAAUGCAGGAACACGUUUACAUCAAAAGGCAACAAACAUACAUCUACCGUUAGAUGACCACAUUUUUCUUAUUAACUGGUGCAAAGAUGUUGGAAUAGAUUUGGUUAUAAUUGGUCCUGAAGGUCCUUUAGCUCAAGGAUUAAGUGAUCUUUUUAAUUUAAAUCGAAUAGAUUGUUUUGGACCAUCUCAGCUUGCCGCUCGUAUAGAAACAAGUAAAGAGUUUUCCAAAUCAUUCAUGGAUAGGCAUGGUAUACCAACACCUAGGUGGAAAAGCUUUACAAAUGUUAGUGAAGCUAGUAAUUACAUUAACUUAAAUUGUCCAGAUGAGAUUGUUAUAAAAGCUAGUGGAUUAGCUUCUGGAAAAGGCGUUGUUUUGACUUCAUCUAAAAACGAUGCAGUAGAGACUGUAAAGCAAAUGCUUGAGCAUAAAAAGUUUGGCGAUGCUGGCACAACUAUACUUAUUGAAGAAAAAAUUGUUGGCGAGGAAAUAUCGGUUUUUGCAUUCAGUGAUGGAACUAAUAUUGCUUCAUUUCCACCUGCUCAAGAUUUCAAGCGUAUUUAUAAUGGAGAUUUAGGCCCUAAUACAGGUGGAAUGGGUGCAUACUGUUCUGUGCCACAUAUUUCUAAAGAAAUUCUUGAGUUUGUGCACAAUGAAAUAUUGCAAAAAACUGUUCAAAAAUUAAAUGAAGAAGGAACUCCCUUUGUUGGUCUUUUGUAUGCCGGUAUCAUGUUAACUAAGGAUGGUCCAAAAGUACUUGAGUUUAACUGCAGAUUUGGUGAUCCAGAAACUCAAGCCUUGCUACCAUUAAUGAAAAGUGAUUUGUAUAUAACCAUGAAAAUGUGUUGCCAAGGUAAAUUAAAUGAAGCCAUGCCCUUAUUUGACACUUUAAUAAAAUCAGUAACAGUAGUGCUUGCAAGCAGUGGGUAUCCUGAAUCAUAUGUGGUAGGGUUUCCUAUAAAAGGUUUAGAUGAUGUCCAGAAGUUAAAUGAAGUUUUUGUGUUUCACGCUGGGACAUCAUUGUCUGAGAAUACUAUUGUAACAUCAGGAGGUCGGGUACUGGCUUUAACCGGUUUAGGUGAUUCAUUUAAAGAAGCUCGUUCUAAUGUUUAUAAAGCUAUCGAUAAGAUUUAUUUUGAAGGAAUGGUUUAUCGAAAAGAUAUUGCUUUAAAAGUAUUGAGUGAUGUGAGUUAUCUUGAUUCUGGUGUUAACAUUGAUGCUGGUUCCACACUGGUUGAAUGUAUAAGCCCUUUGGCUAAAAGUACCUUGCGAACUGGUUGUGUUGGAAGUCUAGGAGGAUUUGGUGCGUUGUUUGAUUUAAAAGCAAUCGGUUUGUCUGAUCCUAUCUUAGUUUCGGGUACUGAUGGUGUUGGAACAAAACUUAUGAUAGCUCAGAAAUGUAGAGAUCAUGAAAGAGUUGGUAUAGAUCUUGUUGCUAUGUGCGUAAAUGACAUUCUUGCACAUGGAGCUGAGCCUUUGUUUUUUUUGGACUAUUACGCAUGCGGAAAGCUUAUAUCUGAAGAUGCUGUUAAAGUUAUUUCUGGAAUUUCUGAAGGAUGUAAACAAGCAGGAUGUGCUCUUGUUGGAGGUGAAACCGCAGAAAUGCCUGGUAUGUAUAAAAAUGAAGAAUAUGAUUUAGCCGGUUUUGCUGUUGGAGUGGUUGAAAGAACAAAGUUGUUGCCAAAAAUAGAGAACAUUAAAGUGGGCAAUUCUGUUAUUGGUUUAUCAUCAUCAGGCAUUCACAGCAAUGGUUUUAGUCUUGUUAGAAAGAUUGUUGAUCUCAAUGGACUCAAUUUUAUGGAUAAAUGUCCAUUUUUGUCAGAAGAUAUUAGUUUAGGGAGAGCUCUUUUGACUCCAACUAAGAUUUAUAUAAAAGCUGUUUUGCCUUUAGUUAAACAAGAGCUUGUUCUUGCAUUUGCUCAUAUCACAGGUGGUGGCCUUUUGGAAAAUAUUCCAAGAGUUCUUCCACCUGAAGUUUGUUGCAAGUUAGAUGCAAGUUUGUGGCCUAUUCCUCCAGUGUUUGGAUGGCUAUCUAAAAUGAGCAAAAUAGAUAGCAAUGAGAUGAUGCGUACAUUUAACUGUGGUUUGGGCGGCAUACUAAUUGUUGAAAAAAAGUAUGAAAAUAUUGUUUUAGCAAGUUUGAACAAUGCUGGAGAAUCUGCUUACCUAGUUGGUACACUAUCAAAUAAGGAAAAAAAGCAAGUUGAAGUUGAAGGAUUUGAAGCAGCUCUUCAGGCUUCAAUACUGCAGACAUCUUUAAAUAAGCAAAUUUCUGGAAAAGAAUUUGUAGAUGGACAAAAGCAUAUGAAAGUGGCUUGUCUGAUUUCUGGAUCUGGAACUAAUCUUCAAGCGUUAAUGCAUCAUUCUUUUAAACAAGGAAGUUGUGCAAAAAUAGUACUUGUCAUCUCAAAUGUCCCUAAUGCUGAGGGUUUGUAUAAAGCUCAAAGGGCUGGAAUAAAAACAAUGGUCAUUGAUCACAAGCUCUAUAAGAAGAGGAUUGAUUUUGACAAUGCUUUACUAGAAAUAUUGAAAAAAGAAAGUAUUGAACUAGUUUGUUUGGCAGGUUUUAUGCGAAUUUUAACUGGUGAGUUUGUGCGUUAUUGGAGUGGGCGUUUAAUUAACAUACAUCCCUCGUUGUUACCUUCUUUCAAAGGAAUGGAUGCUCAUAAACAAGUAUUAGAAUCUGGUGUUAGAGUUACAGGGUGCACAGUGCAUUUUGUUGAAGAAGAGGUUGAUUGUGGUGGUAUUAUUUCUCAAGGUGUUGUACCCGUUGAAAUCGGUGAUACUAUUGAAAUUCUUCAAGAUCGGGUUAAACGCAAAGAGUGGGAAAUAUACCCACUUGCAAUGGAGAUGAUAGCAAGUAAAAUGGUUCAGCUGGUUGAAGGAAAAGUGGUAUUCUCGUACUAAAUCAAUCUUCAUAAUGAGCUGUAAAGUAUAAAAUAAUAUAAUAUAUAGAGAAAACGAUUAUAUCACUAAAAUAGUAAUA